GGGCGGGGAGCGCGCCGUGAUUUUCCCUGCGGAUCGGCCAGCCCCGGCUGGGGCGGCGGGGGAGCCCGCAGCAUGAGGAGGCUCCGGAGGCUGGUGCAUCUGGUGCUUUUCUGCCCGCUUUCCACGGGCUUGCAGAGUCGUCUCCCUGGCAUCAAAGUGAAAUAUCUUUUCCUUGCCUGGCUGGGCAUCUUCGUGGGCAGCUGGGUGGUGUACAUGCAUUACUCAUCCUAUUCCGAACUGUGCAGAGGUCACGUCUGCCAGAUGAUAAUCUGCGAUCAGUACAAGAAGGGGAUCAUUGCUGGCUCAACAUGCAAAGACUUGUGUGAGGAGCACACCCUGGUGUUCCAGCAGUGUCUUUCCUCAUCCCCCACUCAGCAGGUUUACAGGGGCCGCUGGAUGGAGAAAGAAGUGAUCAUUAAAUGUGGUAUUGAAGAUGCCUUAAAGGCCGACAGCAACCCCGAUUCAGUGUCCAAGAGGGACCUGGUUCUCUUUGACAAGCCUACAAGAGGGACAUCCAUGGACGAAUUCAGAGAGAUGCUCCUGAACUUCCUAAAAGCUAACCUAGGAGAUCAGACAUCACUUGCAGCCUUGGUGAACCAAAUCAUCACCAUGGCAGAUGUGAACAGAGAUGGGAAAGUGUCUCUGGCAGAGGCCAAAUCCAUCUGGGCUCUACUUCAUCUGAACGAAUUCCUGCUCAUGCUCUCCUUGCAUGAGAAAGAGCACACCUCCAAAUUGCUGGGACACUGCGGGGACCUGUAUGUCACGGAGAAGAUCCCUCACAACUCCCUCUAUGGUACUAAUGUCCCUCACUUCUUCCAGCCAUUGCUGCCUUCAGCCAUACACCGGAUUAUUCACCAGUGGUUUGCCCCAGCCUGGCCCAGGAGAGCAAAAAUCGCCAUUGGCCUUUUGGAGUUUGUGGAGGAGAUAUUCCAUGGGACAUACGGGAACUUCUACAUCUGUGAAACCAGCUUUAAGAACGUGGGCUACAAUGACAAGUAUGACUUCAAAAUGGUCAACCUGAGGAGGGUGGCAACAGAGAUGACAAUCAGAGGUUUCCUCAAGGGACGUCACUGUGAGCAGAACGUGGACUGCACCUACGGGAAGGACUGCAUGGCGACUUGUGACAAACUCAUGAAGCAGUGCAAGAGCGACAUGGUCCAGCCCAACCUGGCAAAAGUCUGCGGGCUGCUGCAGGAUUACUUGCUGUACGGAGCUCCAUCUGAUUUGAAAGAAGAGCUGCAGAAGCAGCUACGAACCUGUAUGACCCUUAGCGGCCUGGCUAGCCAGAUGGAAGUGCACCAUUCACUUGUGUUGAACAAUCUCAAGACCUUGCUUUGGAAGAAGAUUUCAAAUACCAAAUAUUCCUAACAGGGUAGCCGUGACUGUGGGCUAUAGUGUUGGUAUCCAGUUAAGGACAGAAGGUCAUGCCUCCUCAUUCCACCAGAGGAAAUGCACCGGAAGCAGGUAGUUCACAUGGCUGCAGCCCUUUUUCCUUCAUGAAACCGCCACCGCCAAUAAAGCAUCAGUGACCCGUACUACUUAGCAAAAUCAUCAAUAGCGUGCUUUAGGUCUGCAAAGAACAUGAUGCAAAGUAGAAAUACCAACAGCCUGGCUGAAUAGGUUUGGGAGAAGAAGAUAGAGGAACCAGAGUCGAGCUGCACCUCUUUCCUGCUAAUCAAGGAACAAUCACAAGUGCAGAAAGAGAAUGAAUCAUCAUGCUGUAAUUGUCAUAUCUUAUUUUGAUGAACACUUCUGAUGUAAAUAAAUAUGUGAGCAGCCCUGGUA